AUGGUUGAAAAAAUUGCUGGAUCAGCCGAAGCUAAAUUGCUAGAAGCUCAAGGAAUUCGAAGUGCAUAUUUGUUUUUCAACAUGGAAGAUGUAUCUGCCAAGUUACCUGGUAUUCUGGCGGACCCUCUCUUAACUGAAUCAGCUGCUAAAUGGUUUCGACACAACAAAUUAAAUAUUUGUGACUGGUCCACGUUUAAAAUAGAAAUUCUUAAAGUUUAUCGUCCAUCACUUGAUCAAACCUUAUUGAAAAUGGAACAACGACAACAACUAUCUAACGAAUUAGUUAUGGAAUAUUAUUACGAUAAAUUACACUUAUGUUUACAAACUGAUCCAAAUAUGAGUCCACCUAUGAUAAUUCAUUAUUUGAUAAAAGGUUUAAACCCUUCAUUAAUUUCUUAUGUUGUUCGUCGACAUCCUUCAACACCUGCUGAAUUUCUCGUUAUCGCUCAGGAUGAAGAGAAGAUUCAACAGAUGUUACAAGGUUUAACACAAAAGACAGUUGAUCCACAUGCAGAUGAUGAUGAUUCAAAUGAUAAGGACCCUGGCGAUGAAACGAUCGCAUUGGUGCAACGAUCUACAUAUACAAAGUCACGCUCAUUUAAUUCUCCACAGCAGCAACGUAUAACUUCUACACCUCAACCACUCAUGAAUUCACACUUUGUUUACAAUCAACCAUCAUAUUCAACUCUUCGUUAUAAUCGUUCAAACCCAACAUCAACUUUCACAUCACGUCAAUGCUAUGUAUGUCAUGGAUUUGAUGGGGAUACCUCGUGGAUUAAAAAAACUCCAUCAUCAUCAUAUUUAUCAUCAUAUUCAUCAUCAAUCAAAGUUCCUGUUAACAACUAUAUAACAAAAGUUUUAGUCGAUACUGGAGCUGCCCUAUCACUUAUACAUGAAAAAACUUUACAAUGUAUGCGACAUUAUUCAAUCACGUCAUGUUCUUUAAAAGAAGUUCAUACUGCUAACAGUGGAUUCAUAUCUCUUCUUGGAUUAGUGAAUCUUAAGGUAAAAAUUAAUCAUAUUAUUACUACUGUUGAUGCAUAUGUUACUCGUGAUCUUGUUUGUCCAAUGAUAUUAGGUCGAGAUUGGAUUCAAAAACAUCAUGUUAAUAUUAAUUUUUCUACCAAUCGUAUUUAUAUUUAUGAUAGCAGAACAUCUGUUCCAUUAUUACCUGUAUCUUCUACCGAACCAUUAACCAUGUUACUAGAACAUUCAAUUGUUAUUCCUCCAUUUCAUGAAAAAUUUAUUCCAGGUUACGUUCCUAUUCAUUCAUUACUAAAUGUAGUUUUCACACCGAAUUUAGCUCUACAAAAGUCCAAACUCAUCCUGAUCCCACAUUCAGUUCUUCAUAUUCGUGAUUAUCAUGGUAUCAUUUCAAUCAAGAAUAAUAUCCAACGUCCAAAAACUAUACCACGUCAUACUCCAUUAGGAUCUAUCAUUCCAUCAUCUGAAGAUCUUCAUAUUAACACUAUUCCUGAAAUUUGUGAUACUACUAGUCAUUUUUCUUCUUCUCCUUUACCAUUAUUUUCAUGUAUUCAUUGUGCUGUUGCAUGUGCUACUGAAACAGAUCUUUAUGAACAUCUACUUGCUUGUUGUAAUAACCAUUCAACAUGUACCACAACAACAAUUGAUAAAUUCGUCGAACAUAUUGAUGAUUCAUUUCAACGUAUGAAAGCCUAUUUAAUGCUCCAUCAAUAUUAUCAACUUUUUGACGUUUCAUCUGCAACAGGAAUAACUUGUACACCUCAGCGUGCUAUUAACACGGGUUCUCAUGCUCCUCUAGCAGUACCCCCACGUCCAGUUUCACAUCUUAAUCGACAGAUCCUCAAUGAUCAACU